AAAAAGUAAACAAUAUGGCAUUCUUCCUUCUGUUGAAGCAAUCAUUUAGAGAUAAAGUAGUCGGGUUUUGUUAAAAAUACGUGAAGUGGUUUUCUGAAAGUGGCGAUUUUUCAUAAUUUGUCUUGUGAUAAAAUAUAAUAAAAUGCUAUGAAAUUUUUUAACGAUUUCCUGAUAUAUUAAAAUACAACUAAGAAAAUUUUAGUACAGCUAAAAAAUUAUAAAGGUUCAUUUCAACUCAGCAUUUGAUAUUCUUUUGCGCUGAUAUUGUAACUAUCCAAACAAAAAAGAUCGGUCUCUACGAAAUCUAUUUUUUUUGUCGCAAUUCAUUGUAUACAAAAUGGAAAAACUAAGGCUUAUGAAAGAUAACCGUUCCGAAAUAAUUGUUGGUGGGAAAUACAGAAUUAUACGAAAAAUUGGAAGUGGUUCAUUUGGUGAUAUAUAUCUUGGAAUAAGUAUCCAAAGUGGUGAAGAAGUGGCUAUAAAAAUGGAGAGCAUUAAUGCGCGUCAUCCUCAAUUACUUUAUGAGGCAAAACUUUAUCGCAUUUUAAGUGGAGGCGUUGGCAUACCUAGAGUUCGUUAUCACGGCAAAGAAAAAAACUUCAAUACUCUUGUAAUGGACCUUCUAGGACCUUCUUUGGAAGACUUAUUUAAUUUUUGUACUCGUCAUUUUACAAUAAAAACUGUUUUAAUGUUGGUUGACCAAAUGAUUGGACGUCUGGAGUAUAUUCAUAUAAAAUGCUUCAUUCAUCGUGACAUUAAACCUGAUAACUUUCUAAUGGGUAUCGGUCGUCACUGUAAUAAAUUAUUUUUGAUCGAUUUCGGAUUGGCAAAAAAAUAUCGCGAUCCUACAACUCGUAUUCAUAUACCCUACCGUGAAGAUAAAAAUUUAACAGGAACAGCACGUUAUGCAUCUAUAAAUGCUCAUCUGGGAAUUGAGCAAUCUAGAAGAGAUGAUAUGGAGUCUUUAGGUUAUGUUAUGAUGUAUUUUAAUCGCGGCGUGUUACCUUGGCAAGGAAUGAAGGCUAAUAAUAAACAACAAAAAUAUGAAAAAAUAUCAGAAAAAAAAAUGUCAACUCCAAUAGAAGUCCUGUGUAAAGGAUUUCCUGCUGAAUUUUCAAUGUAUUUAAAUUAUUGUCGUAGCCUGCGCUUUGAAGAACAACCUGAUUAUAUGUACUUACGGCAGCUAUUUCGAAUUUUAUUUAGAACCUUAAACCAUCAGUAUGAUUAUAUUUAUGACUGGACAAUGUUGAAACAGAAAACUCAUCAAGGUCAACCCAAUCAAAUUUUAUUGGGACAGGCAGAGCCUCGAAAUGAUCGUGACAAAGAAAAAGAAAAACAAAGUGGAAAACAAAUGCUUACAGAUUAAUUAUUUUUUUAAUAUGAAGCAAGAAGAAAGGAAAUCACUGAAAACUAAUUCUAUGCAUAUAUCCUGAUAUAUCUAUAUAAUAUGUAUGUUUAUAAUUAU